CUUCUGAGAGCGCGCAAACACAUAAUUUUCAAACUCCACCCAGAUGGCGCUAUUUGCUCUCUCUCCUCUCUCCUCUCUCUUUACAAAGCCAGUCCCACUCCCAUUCUCCUCCCAAGUCACAACCCCACAGCUCCACUCGCAAUCCAUCUUCUUUCUUCUCUCUCUCCCUACCCUACCGCCGGGUUCCAUCCCGGUCCGCACUAGAGCGAGAGACGGCAAUGGCGGACAAGGAGAAUUCAGUGCGUCUCACUCGCUUGGCGAAGAAGAGGGCGGCCGAAGCCGUGGCCGCCCCGGAACCUCAACCCGCCACCAAGAAGAGGGUGGUUUUGGGCGAGAUUACGAACUCGUCGAAUCCCCCGGCGACUGGGGAUCUGGAUUCCAAGCGGAAGUGCCGGACGAGCAAGAAGGUCAAGAAGGCAGUGGCCACAAAGAAAACAGCGGCGGCGCCAGACAUUGAUGAGAAACCGGAGGAUCCCCAAAUGUGUGUCUAUUACGCGUCUGAUAUAUACGCGUAUCUUCUUAACUUGGAGGUGGAAGCUAAGAGGAGGCCAUUGGGGGAUUACAUUGAGAAGGUCCAGAAGGAUGUGAGCGCCAAUAUGAGGGGUGUUUUGGUGGAUUGGUUAGUGGAAGUUGCAGAGGAGUACAAGCUUUGCUCGGACACUUUGUAUCUAUCGAUCUCCUACAUUGAUAGAUUUUUAUCACUCCAUGCUCUCAAUAGGCAGAGGCUCCAGUUGCUUGGAGUUUCCUCAAUGCUUAUAGCGGCGAAGUAUGAGGAGAUCAAUCCACCAAAUGUUGAAGAUUUUUGUUACAUUACAGACAACACAUACACAAAGCAAGAGGUGGUGAAAAUGGAGGCUGAUAUUCUCAAAUACCUGAAUUUUGAAUUGGGUGGUCCCACAAUUAAGACAUUUCUAAGGAGAUUCACCAGGAUUGCUCAAGAAGACUACAUCGCCCCAAAUCUGGAGUUGGAGUUCCUCUGUUGCUAUCUUGCUGAGUUAAGCUUGUUGGAUUAUGGCUGUGUGAAAUUCUUACCUUCGUUGGUGGCUGCAUCUGUUGUGUUUAUUUCAAGGUUUACAGUCCAACCGAAAUCACAUCCUUGGAGUUCAGCCCUGCAACAAUUUUCUGGAUAUAAACCAGCAGACUUGAAGGAAUGUGUUGUUAUUUUACAUGACUUGCAAUUAAAGAAAAGGGGAAGUGCUCUGGUUGCAGUAAGAGAGAAAUACAACCAGCAUAAGUUCAAAUGUGCGUCAGCACUAUCCUCUCCUCAGGAGAUACCCAGUUCCUUUUUUGAAGAUGUUGAAGAUUCAUAGUUGGGGUUAGCAAUUCAGAUGAACCUUUGGAGAUUUGACGUGUAGAUAAUAUGUUCUAAGAGUGUUCAUACAGC